UGCUGGCUGCACGCUGCAGGCAACCAGCUGCAAACAGUGGAUCAACGGAGUACUGCAGUGAGCGGAGCCGGAGGAGCCGAGGAGCGCCAGAGCCGCUCGGUAUUCCUCACUCAAGGACCCGCUUGAUGGAUCUACUCCAAGGUGGCAAUUGAAUAUGAAAGAAAGAUUUUGUGUCUUGCAGAGCAGUCAUUCGGAGGAUAAUGACAACCCGUGGGCUUGACUUCAGAUGCGUUUGAAACAUCACUAGAAAUCGAGUGAGAGGAGACAAAAACAAAUAGAGUGGAAGAAAGAGAGCAACCCAGUGAAGACCUCCGGCAGACGGCUGAUUGUGGAGCUAUUAUCUCAGGGACGUGUUUUCUGUUUGAGGAUGGAACAAGGGGAAUUUGUCCUUGACUGGGGGAUUACCAGGAGGUGGAGGAAAAACAUAUAAUUUUUUUUUUCUGGAAAAUAAACAGUGUAGAUCAGUGCUUUUAAAAGCACACUGCAAGACACCACUACAAUGGCUGGUGAAUUCAAAGACUGACACAAAGAGGAGCUCCAUUCAUGGCCUACAGAUGAACUGGGACCCCACCACAUGUGCAGUUCAGGGUACAGAUACAGUGUGUGUCCACCUUCUGGAUUUCUUGCUUUUACCUCCACCGCUGACACUAAACAUGAACUAAAUUGCUUCUAAGUAACAAUUCCUACAUGCCUUCUGGGUUAUCUAGUGGUUGUCUUGGUGAUGGGAACGUCAUCAGUCUGAGCCACUGUGGAGAGAUGUCUAACACUAAAAUGCAAGCACCUGUUGGAAGAGGAUGUAUGAAAGACUUUUUUUCAAAAACCACAACAGUCUACUGCAGACAAAGCGUUCCUGUCUGUUUUUCUUUCCUCUUUAUCCCCAUCUUCCUACUCCUCUUCUCCCUGGUUACACCUGCUCUGUCCAUUCACAUGGAGUCCAUAGAGAGCCACAGCGAGUUUAGCUGUGAGCCCAUCAGACUGAGAAUGUGCCAGGAUCUGCCUUACAACACCACCUUCAUGCCCAAUCUACUGAAUCACUACGACCAGCAAACAGCUGCACUAGCCAUGGAGCCUUUCCAUCCCAUGGUAAAUCUGGUGUGCAGCACUGACCUGAGGAUGUUCCUGUGCGCCCUGUACGCUCCGGUGUGCACUGUGUACGGCCAGGUGUCCAUGCCAUGUCGAUCCCUCUGCCAGCGGGCCAAGGAUGAGUGCCACAAACUGAUGGAGAUAUUUGGCGUAGCCUGGCCAGAUGACAUGGAUUGUAGCAGGUUUCCAGAUUGUGACGAGCCGUAUCCUCGUCCAGAAGACCUGCUGACAGGCUCAGAACCCACUGACCAGUCAUCCAUGACUGUCCAGAGAGAGUACGGUUUCUGGUGCCCCAGGGAGCUCAAGGUGGACCCAGACCUGGGUUACGCAUUCAUGGGCCGGAAGGACUGUUCUGCCCCAUGCCCCUCAAUGUACUUCAACCACCAGGAGCUGACCUUCAUCCGCUACUUCAUAGGAGUUGUGUCCAUUGUCUGCCUGUCCGCGACACUCUUCACCUUCCUGACGUUUCUCAUUGAUGUUACCAGGUUUCGAUACCCUGAGCGGCCAAUAAUCUUCUACGCUGUGUGUUAUGUGAUGGUGUCACUGGUUUUCUUUCUGGGGUUCCUGCUGGAAGACAGGGUAGCUUGCAACGCAGUCAGCCCUUCCCAGUUCAGAGCUUCAACCAUAACACAGGGCUCACACAACAAGAUAUGCACACUGUUCUUCAUGGUCCUGUAUUUCUUCACCAUGGCUGGCAGCGUGUGGUGGGUCAUAUUGACGAUCACUUGGUUUCUGGCCGCCGUGCCUAAAUGGGGCAGCGAGGCCAUUGAGAAGAAAGCCCUCCUCUUCCAUGCUGUUGCCUGGGGGCUCCCAGGGGCCCUGACUGUCACCCUGUUGGCCCUAAACAAAAUUGAAGGAGAUGGGAUCAGUGGAGUGUGUUUCAUAGGGCUGUAUGACAUAGAUGCCCUGAGGUGGUUUGUUCUGGCACCACUCUGCCUCAACGUGGCGGUGGGUGUCGCUCUCCUGUUAGUGGGCAUUGUGGCUCUGAACCGGGUGCGCAUGGAGAUCCCUCUGGAGAAGGAGAACCAGACCAAACUAGUCAAGUUCAUGAUCCGAAUGGGAGUGUUCUCCGUGCUCUACCUGGUCCCCUUGUUGACUGUGAUUGGGUGCUACCUGUACGAACACACCUACCGCAGUAUUUGGGAGACGACGUGGAUGCAGGAGAACUGCAGGCGCUAUCACAUCCCCUGCCCAUUUAAGGUGGAGCAGACCAACCGGCCAGCCAUGGUUUUGUUCCUGAUUAAAUAUCUGAUGAUGCUGGUGGUGGGGAUCCCCUCUGUUUUCUGGGUGGGCAGCAAGAAGACCUGUUUUGAAUGGGCCAGCUUCCUGCAUGGCCGCAGACGCAAAGACAGUGGGGUGAACGAGUCUCGUCAGGUGCUACAAGAGCAGCCAGACUUUGCCCAGUCUCUGCUGCGUGAACCCAACACCCCCAUCAUUAGGAAGUCCAGAGGAACAUCCACUCAGGGAACCUCUACCCACGCCUCUUCCACCCACUUGGCUGUCGUGGACGACCUCGACGAACCAGUCAGAACUCACCAUGGCCACCCCGCCUCCACCAGGAGUAAGGCCAGCAGCGUCCACAGCAAGACCAGCUAUCAUGGCAGCCUGCGCCGCACUCGUGAUGACAGGAGUGAUACUAUGGUUUACCGAGGUACCGAGGAGCGCAGCUUCCAUGGCAGCAUGCCACGUCUCGACCACCCGCUCUCCACUCACAGCAGCCUCCAUCAGAUAGACAGCCACUCGAGGCCUGGCAGCCAGCGAGACGUAUCCGAGGCCCCACCUACCCUCAUCACCCACGGAACAUCGGCAAGCAACAGCCAAGCUGCUGAGAACGAAGCCACCAGCGCCUAGAAAGAGCCGCAAAGUUUAUCAGAAAUGACUGUAAUGAUGCUGCGAUGCCUUGGCAAACACACACCUGUCUGUAUAGUGUUAUCCUCUACAAAGAUGGAGAAUGUACCAGUGAGUGCUAUAGUGGUGAUUUUUGGCGUUAGUUCCUUGCUGAUCAUUUGUUAGCAGUGUGGCUAAUGGCUGACACAGAUCUGUCAGUGAACUUUGCUGAUCCCUCCUAGAUUCAGUGAAGAGUCACUGCAAGCUGGACAAGUUGUUUACCUAAUUAUGCGAAUUUACACAGCAGAAGACUCCUGAAUGCUUGACUCAAACCAGCUGAGCCAACAAGAAUAAAUCCAUCUCAGACGUUUGGUGACGUUAGUGAUGCUGACAUUAUUCAGGGAUCAUUUUGUUUGUGUCCAGGUAAACCAGAGCUAGCGCUGGAUAGGAAACACCGAAAAAAAGGAAAGAAGUCAUCAUACUUUAUGGACAACAACACUUAGAUAAAUUCAAAGUGUUUUCCUGGAGGUGUAGGAUUAGAUCCUGGACACCAGUUUGGUCUUGAGAGCAGCAUGAGCAGUCUUAUGGUGGCAUUGGAUGACACACAUGAAUAUUAUUAAAUAUGUGAACACUGCCGAGUAUUGCUUUUGUAACAAUCUUAAAUGGUUUCUCCACUCUCUGUCUUCACUGAGACUUUAUUCACAAUCUGUUUGUUCUGGACUGCAGCUCUUAAUGAAUGAUGUUUAUCUUUGUUCAGAGACCGACAAAUAUGGGCUUAAUGUGAAAUUGUGGACCUCUCUGUGGUUUAGUGAAAUAUUUUUAUACUGUGAAAAUUGUCUGUCUGCUGCUGAAAGCCUCAUUUUCUGUGUGUGUAUGUGUGUGAGAGAGAGAGAAUGAGUGAGUGAGAAAUAGAGACACAGACAUGACUGUAGUCAUAUUUGUUUUAAACUUCAAUUCUCCCCUCCAUUUGUGAACAACGCAAGCAUGAUGGGAGCUGAAAGAUGAUGUAUAAGCCAGAAUGUAAAACGCCUGUUUCAGAGUCAGAAAGAUGGAGAUAUAAUACGGACAUUGUCGGGUGAAAUGAGCUGGAAAAAUGUGUGUGCACUUAGACACAUUUAUUCUAGCUCGAACUGCUUUUCGACCUCCCGAAAUCAUUUUAGCACUGACAGAGGCAUUAGUUUGAUACAGAGAGAAAAGGCAGCUUUAGAAACAAGGGCGGGUGUUUACUCAGCCAGUUACAUGUUCGGUCAGUUAUCAGCCAACCAAUCUGUGUCAUAGAAUCCAAAAAAUAAACAGCAUAGGAGCACUGAUAAAUGUUGAUAACCAGAGCAUUGUAACCCAAAUUCAGGUACAUAGCUAUCACUGCAUUGAAGCCUUGCUGCUGCAUAGACUGGGUUACAAUUUAAAAAUGAAAACUUGUAACAGUGCUCCUAUUCUGAAAUAUGUCGCGUACACAAGGCUGAAUGGUUGUUUCUUGAGGGGAAGUGCUUUUUUUUUUUUCUAAUGUAAUUGUGACCACUGUACUUGAUAUGUACCUAAACAGCUACUCUACAUGCUCUUUGCUCAUGUUUGUUUAUUGUGCUGUUCAGACCUAGAACUCUAAAUUACCCAAAGAGGUGCAGACAAUUGGCAGUGAGACUGUAGAAAAACUAAUGUUUGCUGAUUGUGCAUUGCUACAUUUUCUCUAACAACAUUGUUUUAUGUUUAAGUAAAGGAUACAGGAAGUGUGUAUUGUAACAGGUUUUUUUCUAUAGUUUGUGCUUUGUACCCAAUCCCUGAAGACCCAAUUAACCUACCUCACCUGCACCCUUAGCCUCCUCUGUAUCUACACACACUCACACACACACACACACACACACACACACACUACUGGGUGCUUUUUGUAAAGAAAAACGGUCAUAAACAAAAUCAAGUAAAACAUACCUUAAUUGACUUUAUUGAGUUAAAAUGUCAAGCAUGCACACACAGACCUUACAUAACAGUAGGAUAUCCGUGGCUGUCCGUCUAUCCUUCCCGCAGUUAGCUUUGUGUUUUUCUAGUCUACCUCUUGAGUUCAGAUGUACCUAAUUAACUCUCUGCCUUUCACUGCUGCCUCUCUGUCUACACCUGUGUUAUAUUUCUCACCAUGACCACCUCCUUACUGUCAACUUGUCUGCCUACAUAUCUGUUGUAAAUAGAUUUUCCAUCCUAUCUGAUGACUAAUCUGCCUCACAUCUGCCUUCUGCCUCUCCUCCUGUAAAUGUGCCCACGCUGAUCUUUUUUUGGACCUACAGCAACUGUCUGUUCUGUACUCUGUACAAUUCGCGACUUCUUACAAACAUUAACCGUUGUGCUUUUACCUCUGAAUCUGACAUUACAAUGAGAGAUGCGCUAAACACUGUCAUUGAUCUCUCCUUUUCAGCUGUUAAAUAUCUCAUUCUUGUUAGUUCACCUAAGUCUGUAAUGAUUAGUAUUAGUCCCCCACAGUGAGACAUGAGGAAGAAGGUUUCUGAUUUCAUACUGUGUUACAGCUUCAGAGUGAACAGCAGUAGCUUGAAAAUAUGCCACAUUAUUAAUGAUGGUUCAAAAAUAUAAUAUUGUGAAUUCUGAAACUUGAGUUGUAUUUGCCUUUUAAUUUAUUUGCAGUUUGGAACUGUAAUUAUUUCUUUUACAUGCAGUCUAAUAAACUUUUUACAGACUUCG